AUGAUCAAGCUGGGUAACCUUGCUUGUCAGCUCCUAACACGGGGAGAUGGCUUCAAACUGGGGGGGCGACUCUGUGUCAGUAGGAAGGUGUGUACCUUGUCAGUAGCGCGCCUCUCGAAACAUCCCUACAAGCCGAAGACGAAGGAGGUUAUCCACCCACACAUGACGCCACCGGAAUUUCUUUCCCCAUCGGAUUGUUUUGAAGCCAAGACGAAUGAACUCCAGCAGUACCUACCAAGCAAUUAUUAUCGAACCAAAUGGAUAGAGUCACUAAGGGCAGGGGAGAACUUGGGAAGUGAUUACCCGUGGAACUUAUUGCCCAACUGGAAGUAUUGGAAGAAACGAAAGUACAAUGUUGUGUAUGAGGAAAUCCCCUGGUUUGUGUCGAAGGUGAAGGGUGUUUCGUAUUACCAUCGGCUGAACGUAUGGAUGGUGCAGUGGGUCGAGGACGGGGUGCACCGCAUUCGUCGUUUUCGGUGUGCGUUUGGAGUUCUUCAAGCGAAGUUGGCGGCCGAGCAGUUUAGGAGGAAUUUGGAGGAGUCGGGCCGCGUGGACAACCGCAAGUCGGAGCGCCAACUGCGCAUGGACUACAUUCAGAAGCGGGACGAACGCCUGCUGCGGAAGAAGCGAUACUCCAAAAUUUCCAAGGGUCAGUUUUAG